AUGAUAUAUGAUGAUAUCCCCGAACGAGCUUACGCAGUUUAUUCGACACCACUUGAUAUUGACACCAUUGGUGAUCAACUAGCUAUCCACAGUCUUCAAUGUUCUGGCUGUGAUGUUUUAUUUGACGAUGAAAUUGAGUUUGCUGUACAUGCGGAUCAGUGCCUUCGUGGUGUUGAACAUGACACUCAUCACGAAGUCCACAAGCACGCCAAUCGCCUUCUAAUGUUCCAACAACGGGUCGCUCUCUUCUGUGGCGCAUCUCAGGGGCCAGUUCUGGAGUGCGGACUCUGCAAUACAACUUUACCAGAUAGAGAAACCUUGAGAAGACAUAUCAGAGCAUGUAGCAGACACAGCGAGCGUUUUCAAAGAUAUGUUCAAGAAACUGGAGUCUUCUUCAACUGCAUGCUCUCGUCAUAUGAAAAGCUGGGAUUUCUAUUCCAAGAAUAUGUUACUGAUAGCCAUAUUGAGGAUAUCAAGGAGCAACGAAAACAAAGAAUCCUUGAAGGAGAACCACCAUACAUUGGAUCCAACAAUCGUCAUUUGUUCUUCAACGAAAUCGAGGAGCAUUUUGUGGAGCAGUAUCAAGACUACCUAUCUGCGGUCACCACUCUCAUUUAUGACUCUUUUCUGUAUUACUUGAAAAAGGGAGACACCAAUCGCUCCGCCGAAGAGGUCCUUUGCCCAUUACCAAUCAAUAGACAAGGUGUGCAGUUCUUGAUCGAACAAGAAUAUUCUAGAAGAGAAGCAGAAAGCCAACGAAGAGCCUCUGAAGCUGCGAAAACUGCAAGAAUUGCCAGAUUAGAAGCUUCGAAAGCUAAGAAAGCCGUGGCAGCAAGAUCAGCAGUGCCAAGAAGCACCAGAUUAAGAAAACGUCGUGCUUGUGGAUGUGGUUGCGGAAAUUAA